GUUUGAAUAAAGCACGCUGAGCUGAAUUACGGGAGACAUGACCGAUCCAACGUCGACAUCUUCUAGACGACGCCAGAUCAGCCAGAAGACCCGAAAGAAAUCAGCGUCCACCAGAAAGUCUCAGAAAGGCUUCUUCAGAUCACAGAAUUAUUUUACCAAGGGCCAUGAACACUUGGGAGAAGCUAGGAAUGUCCUGGAGGAGCAAUCUCCAUUCGUCUAUCCUCCUUGUUCGCUCAUGUUCUCUUAUUUUCAAUAUUGGAAGGCGAAAAAACGUACCACAGAUAAAGAACGAAGAAUGGAUGUCUUCAAAGCCAAAGACUCGUACGAUCUUCUACGGAGACUUCGUGUGGACGUGGACAUCGAGACUCUAGAGGCGAAGAAACACAAAGAUUUGGAAGAAGCUAUAGCCAUGACCGACGUAGAUCCGCAGUAUUUCUCGGAAUUGGAUGGAGGAUUAAUCAGAGAAAAAUUUUCUGUGCGCAACUAUGUAGAAGACACUCGUGAGAUAUUAAAGGUUCGGUUGCUGGCUGGACAAGAAAUGGACGAUUGUAUUCGUAUAGACCAACAGUUCGUCGAGGAGCAGAAACGACUCGAUGAGAUCAAGCGACGAUACCGUCGAUACGUGAGCGGUUUCGAGGAGUUCCUUUCGACGGAUCACGAGGAGAGCAUGAAGAUUCUACAGUUGGCUGAAAACGAGAUAAAGAAGACUAAGCAGAUCACAGACAGGAGGAACAAGCUUUCUGCAGAGUACGGUAAGGUCAGACUGGACGUGUAUCAUUGGGAGGAGAGCUGGAGGACAGUGAAGAUGUGUCAAAGAUUCCUCUAUCAGGUGUCUCCGCUCGCUUGGCGGGCGGAACACGACUGGAUUCAUCGCACUGAUUCUGGAGAAAGCAUCCUUCACAGAGCUGACGAUUUAUUCGGUCGAUACAGAAUGGUUGACGAAGUUGCUUCGCUUGACGUUCUCAUAGACUUGUUCGAGCAAGACAUCAACAAGGCAGGUCCGACAAAUAUAUACUUCGAAGAUCCAUUUGAACUGAUCUACGUGUUCAGAGCGAUAGAAACGCAAAAUCUGAACGCGUUGAUUCACUUGGAGUCUCUGGCAAAGCCGAUGUCUGAAUUGAUGGUGACGAUUCAGUCCGCUGAAGAACAGAUCCAGGCGGAAGUUACGGAGAUAACCAACACGAUCAACGAGCUACAAGAUACCAUUCGCAAACUCGAAGCUAGAGCCGCGGAAUUGGAAAGUUACGCGAACGAGCUUCUAGAAACGUUGUUCCGCGAUUCCGUUUGUUCCGAGGAAGUGCUCCGUCUUCAGGUAUUCGUCGAGGACACGUAUGAAAGCUGCGUGGCGCCGAACGAUGCGAACCUAGAUAGUUUCUGCAUGAUGAAAUGGAUCGAGAAGACGCACGAGGAGUUGAAUUUAAAGCUGGAUACUCUACCACCGGAAGUGGUCCAAGCUUGCGAGAAGGAAGGCUUCAAGCAGGAGCUGAGGGCUAUGAAGGAGACGGAGGAAGCUGCCAAAAAGUUUGAGCUCAUGCAGCGAUUGCUGGUAUCUCUGCAACGUGCUAUAGAGCCGCCUCCGAUAAAAAGGCGGCCUGCAAUGCGGCGAUCGACUCCAAAAACUCAAAGAUUGAAAUCGAUACCACCCCCGCCGAAGCCGACCGAGCAGGAGAUGCAAUAUUUGAUCUUUUUCACCAACUAUUGCAAACAGGAGGACUUCACCGCCUAUCGCGAUCAAUUUCCGGACGACUUUGAUCUGACGUUCCAGGAUAAAUGUUCGGAAUCGAUCAAAAGUGCGGGAUCCGAGAAUUACAGGGAAGAGGAAGAUAACAGUCAACGAGAUUCGAAGAGUCAAAGAGAAUCGAAAGAGACUCUACAAGAUUUUAAUAUUACUGAGAAUGUCGACUGAUCGGAAACUUUACAAAUUAACGUAUUAUAGAAUAUUAAAAAAUAUGCGAAAGUUUCUUAUACGUUUAAACUUACAACUUACUGCUAGAAUACAAAACAAUAUGUAUUGUACGCAGGAGACGCGUGAUGCUGAUUUUUAUCGUGUAAAAGUAAUUUUAUAGAUUAAAAAUUGUGAAAGCAAUUCAUCACGGAGAAGAUUAAAUCUUGUUACUUAAUA